UCACUCAUUAGUCUUCAUCCAGCGAUCGUGACGAUCGCACGUGUCGAGACCGAUGGCUAAGUUUGACGAGGUAUCUAAGCUCUGGUACGGAUCAUCUACGCCUGGAGUUCUAAAUCCGAGAACAAACCUCGGCCAGGUGAUCCUCAAUCUACUAUCCAGAUGUCCGGAUCGGGUGAUCCAAAUCAAUGCCGACGAUGGAAGCGAGAUGACCUGCGCUGAGAUGAGCCGACGAAUUGUUCGUGUGGCACUGAACUUGAAACGCCUCGGAUAUCACCGAGGGGAUCAAGUUUCGCUUGUUUGUGCCAACAGUGAGAAUGUCGUACCGGUCUUCGUCGGUUGUGUGGCGAUCGGGUUGACCGUUAAUCCUCUCGCGCCGGUGUUCAACAAGGACGAUUUGGCGCACAUGAUGAGACAGACGCAAUCUUCGGUGGUGUUUUGUGACGAAGCGAAUUACGGCGUAGUUGAGCAAGCGGUUCGGCUAGCCAUCGACGGAAGUCCGGAAGUUUUUGUGAUGGGUGCGAGUGAAUGGAGUGCAAAAUCAAUUGAUGAAUUACUACGCCCCGCUGAAGAUGAAGACGGCUUCAAACCGGAAUUCUUGGGUGAUUCGGAGAAUCUCACGGCAAUGGUGUUGUGUUCUUCGGGGACUACAGGUUCUCCGAAAGGCGUGUGUCUAUCGCAUGCGCAUCUCAUGGAAGGGGAACUAUUUGCAGACGACGAGAAUGCGGGUCCGAUCUUCAAUUUUAGUCCACUGUUUUGGGCAACAGGUGUGUUGGCCAUGUUGACUUCGCUUCUCUAUAUUCGACCUCGUGUCAUCACAACGAAACCAUUCAGCGAAGAAAUGCUGUUCUCGAUUAUCGAACGAUACAAGGUGGAGGAUCUUUUCACGCCUCCCUCAUAUGUCUCGGCAAUGAUAACCCAUCCCAAAUUCGCAACGGCAAACUUUUCUAGCGUCAAGAGGUGGACAAUGGGAGGGGCUGCCGUAUCGGAGGAACUUAGAUUGGCUUUGGCAAGCCGUAUUCCGAACGGCUUUGCAAAAUCGUUAUACGGUUCGUCGGAAAUUGGUUUCAUAACAUCGGCUGUGGCAUCAUGCUCACCCGGAUCGGUAGGUACGCUGGCCAACAAUGUGUCGGCGAAAAUAGUCAACGAAGAGGGUCGAAGGCAGGAACCUGGCCAAAUAGGAGAGAUUUGUGUCAAGUACAAACACAAAAUGUUGGGCUAUCUUCUCAACGAAGAAGCAACCAGGAAUGCAUUCGAUGAGGAAAACUUCUUCAAAACGGGUGACAUUGGAUACUUUGACAAGGAUGGAUUCCUGUACGUGAUCGAUCGCAUCAAAGACAUCAUAAAGUACAAAAACUAUCAAAUUUCACCUUCGGACCUGGAAGCCAUCAUUGGGAAGAUCGAAGGUGUGCAGCAAGUUUGUGUCGCCGGAGUUCCUAGCUCGGACCAGUCUUAUGAUCUGCCAACGGCAAUGAUCGUUCGGCAGCCGGGAUCAUCACUGACUGAAGAGCAAGUGAUUAGGGUUGUAGACAGCCAAGUGAGUGACCAUAAAAGGUUGCGUGGUGGUGCGUACUUUGUCGAUCAGCUGCCGAGCUCAGCAUCCGGGAAAGUGCUGCGUCGAGUGGUCAUGCAAACGCUCAAGAAUGUGAAACAAUCAAAAUAGUUCACCAGAGAGGAAUAAUCUUGUUUUUUUGGGGUUCAUUGCGGAUGUCCAGUCAAAUUAAAUAAAACUUGUGGCUAUUAAAUAACGAGA